ACAACAGUCCACCACGUGUUCUCUACAGGCAAGGAUAGCCAGGCGUCGACACCAGCUCACAGGUACCCGCCAGAGAUAACGCAAGUCGGUCGGUGGUGCACGCUACACCGGCCGCCAGACCAGCCAACGCCAGCAGCGUCUUUGCUCCGGUAUUGGAGGUCAGCCGGUUUUGCGAACACAACGGAAAACUUUUAAAGUAUUUCCGCGACCCCCGGCCCUCCUAGUGUCUGUGCCGCUGGAUGGGAGCGCCCCGGCGAGAGGGAGGGGUAGCAGGGGCUGCCGAGAUGGCCGUGCUUGGCGGGGAGACGGCGAGCUUGCUGGACGGCCCCGGCGAGCUUGCAGACCGGAAUCCCUACUCGAGGGCCUUCGAGACCGGCGGGGGGGGCGGACGGGGGUACACGGUGAUCGAAGACCGCAACGGGGGGGGACCCGAAGGCCCGCCAGAAUUACCUCUGAGCAACUUCCAAUCGUACCACGCACAGCCACCCGCAUCGAUACCGGAUCGUCACGCCUCGCUUCCACCGGAACGACAUCAGGGCACGAACAGCAACAACAACAGCAGCAGCAGUAGUAACCAAAACAAGAAGAGGACCAGAACGCGAUUUCCUUCCUUGACGCCGGCGUUGGCACCGGCGCCCGGAACGUUCUCCGCGAACGGGGACACGCGAGCGGCGGAAGCGGUGGCGCAGGCGCGAAAGACGUGGGCGCCGCCGGUGCUCCGGACGAAGGCGAUCGCGUCGUACGGAGCGGUCCCUGACUUGGAGAUUAUUCCCGAAAACAUCGAAGUUAGUCGGUUUCAGAAGCGUCAGCGGGCCGGACGACAUUCGGAUCUUGGCUGCCCUUCGUGCGUGAUAAGUUGA